AUGGAUAUUGGAGCAACGAAGUUUUCGGACUUCCUCCCUUUCAUUCUGAACGAUAUCUCCUCCAGCUGCUUUGUGGCCAUUGACUUCGAGCUGUCUGGGUUGGCUUUCCCGCCAAAUGGACCUCAAAUCAAUACCCAAACCGUACAGGAAAGAUAUACCGAAGCCAAGGCAGCUGCCGAGCGUUAUCAAAUCCUGCAGGUGGGGUUAACCAUCUGUCAUGAGAACUCCAAAAAUGUGGUCUAUACCCUGAAACCCUACAACAUCAACCUGAGUCCGAUCGCCCAACCGGAAACGGAGGUUAAUCGGGACUGGACAUUCGGAAGCCGCUCAAUGGAAUUCCUGCUUUCCCAUGGAUUUAGUAUUGACACGAUGUGCAGCUCUGGCGUCCGAUAUCUCUCUCGAGUAGAAGAGGAGUCGGCUAUCAAACGUGCAACUGAGAGAUGCUUCCGGCCUACGGUCCCAAACAUAAAAAUCCAAGAAGAUGACUUUGAGUGUUUGGAAUUCCUGGGAUCAGCUCGACUCGCAAUCAACGAAUGGCUAGCACAGGGAGAGACACGCCAAUCUUGGUUGAACAUCCCGCCACCCACCAGUCUCCUGACGGCUCCAAGUGAGGUUCCAGGAGCGUUAAGCAACGCGCAGAAACGGCUUUUGCACCAAUUGAUCAGCUUGGAAUACCCGGACUUGACAUCCCGAGGUGCAUCGACAUUUGUUCAAAUUGAGAUUCGGAACCAGCAAUGUGAGCAAAUUUCGUUCGAAGCGAGGCUAAAGAGCAAAAUGGAGCGUGUUCGGAACCACAUCGGUUUUCGCUGGAUUGUAGAAGCACUUAUCGGUGGCAACCUGGAGGAACUUGACAUAGAGGCAUUCCGCCCUUUGAUGAAGAAAACGGACGCCCCGGUUCUUGAGAUCAAGCAGUUGGCAGACAGAAUGAAAAAUCGGCUCAAGCAGAGCAGGCCUGUUCUGGUCGGCCACAACCUGUUCUGCGAUCUGCUCUUUUUCCAUCGAUGCUUCAUAGGUCCGUUGCCAGAUACUCUUGGGGGAUUCAAUGCUGUCAUUCAUAACUUAUUCCCCGUGUUGGCCGAUACCAAGUAUUUGGCCACCCAUGACUGCGGUGCCCUAGCUCCAGAGUCCUCACUGGAGGAUCUGAACAGGAAUCUAGCGCACGUCGAGUACCCCAAGAUAGAGAUCAACCCCGGGUUCACAAAGUACAAGCUCCGCAAACGUACCCACGAAGCAGGCUACGAUAGCAUGCUGGCAGCCAUGGCGUUCAUCAAACUGGCGGGUAACCUCCAGCGCAAUCCUGCUAUGUUCACCCAGAAGGUCCAACAACCGACCAUUUUGGCAGGCCCGCACAUGCCUCCUAGUCUGUUUGCCAGUGUCAUGCAACCGUUGGACCGUCGAGGAUCACCAAACAGCGAGUUCAGCAAUUUCUUCUACCUUGAGAGCGAAACUCCUCCAGAGAUAGACGAAAAAUACAUUGCGGAUCAGGGCACAUCAUUGGACGACACUGGCGACAGACAGAUAAUAAGUCUAGCGAGUCGAGGAUUCUUGGUGCCGCGGCUAGGGACAGUUUUCUGGGCCAUCUACGGAAACAAGCUGCGGGUGUUCGGGACUCAAGAGAGGAUGAUUCAAGUUGAACCUCAGCCCAAGGUGGAACUGCUGGUCGAUGUGUGA